GUAUCGAGAGAAAUCUCAGCAUAUGAAUGUUGAAAGAACUAGAAUGUCGGGUCUUGGGUAGGAACAAGAAAAUAAAUUGAUCAAAUAAUAUUGCAAAGGUCAGUGGACAGUGUGCAAGGAAAACUUCAUAUAGUCCGCAAAUGUUCUAGAAGAACCUAAAUUUGUAGCAUUUAACGCGAGUGGGUAUGUCAUACCAAAUUUUGCAAUUGUUGGGAUUAUGCGUUCUGGUCGCAACCAUCAGCGGAUCACCAACAACUGAGAAAAUGUCCAGAUUGAAGAUACUGAUAGCCAACCCGACAGUGCCACAGAUCGCCUAUAAGCUGCUUGCUGAUAAAUAUGAAGUCACAACUAGCACCAGCCAUGAUAGAGCCGCAAUUCUCAAAGACGUCCGCGGCGUUGAUGCCCUAUUUUGGGCUACGCACAACCGCAUAGACAAAGAAAUAUUAGACGCCGCAGGCCCGCAGUUAAAAGUGAUUGGAACCAUGUCAGUAGGGUACAAUCACAUCGAUCUAGAAGAAGUAAAAGCUCGCGGCAUCAAAUUGUCAAACACACCGAACGUGCUCAAUGGUGCUGUAGCAGACAUUGCCAUGCUCUUAGCUCUAGCGGCUGCCAGGCGAUAUCCCGAAGGCCGCCAGCAUAUAGAGCGGGGUACUUGGGUGAAGGAGUUUGACACCCAGUGGAUGCUUGGCCAGGAUAUAGCCGGGUCUACCAUUGGGAUAGUAGGCUUGGGCCGGAUUGGGCAAACAAUUGCCAAAAGGCUUCAAGGCUUCGACGCGCACAAGAUCCUCUAUACUGGGCACAAGGAAAAGCCUCAAGCAAAGGAUCUGGGCUACGAAUUUGUGAAUCUCGAUGAGCUGGCCAGACGCAGUGACUUCAUUUUCCUCUCAGCUCCUCUGACUAAUGAAACUAUGAACAUGUGCAAUGAAGCCUUUUUCGCCAAGAUGAAAAAGAAUGGCAUUCUCAUUAACAUCAGCAGAGGCCAACUGGUGGAUCAGGAUGCGCUGAUAGCAGCUUUAAAGGCAGGGCGGAUUUUCGCUGCAGGCUUAGAUGUGAUGAUUCCCGAGCCGUUAAACACUGAUAGCGAGUUGCUGAAAUUGCCAAAUGUUGUGUUGACGCCUCAUAUUGGCAGUGCAACUGGAAAUACGAGAAAUGCUAUGGCGAAGCUAACAGCUGAGAAUAUUUUGGCCGGAUUGGCUGGCGAAGAACUGAUUUCUCCGGUUCCUUUACCAUAAUUCAGGGCUUUUCAAACAUUUUCUACUUUUUUAUUUAAGUUUAGUUAGUAAACAACCACUUUCAGUUUCCAAAUUUUGCUGCUUGAGUCACGUAAAGGCAAACGCCAUUGAAAUGUUUCGGCACUUAUUAUAUUAUUACUAUUUAGAUUUUCAAUUAAAUAUUUUCAGUACGA